AUGAACAAAUUAAUUGAAAAAAAAGAAAGCAAGUCUCUUGACUUAUAUGUUGUGUUAAGAAACCUAGAAUAUUUAAAAGAUCACUUAGUUAUUUCAGAAAAGAAAAUAAACAGAAAAAAAAUUAAGAUUGAUGAUGACUUAGAAAAAACGAUACUUAUUUGCAAUUCAGAUUAAGAAGACUGA